UGAUGAAACCGAAAUCAAAAUGAACAUCUACUUCAGUGGAAGUAUGAAGAAAAUGGAUGAGGAUUAUGAGUACAUAGGCCGACUUGUUUCUGAGAUAAAAUGGGAGACAUUCGAAGAUUUCAUUCAAGGGGAAAAAGUCUCGACUCCAAUUGCUAUAGUUUGGUACAAAGACCCACGAGAGAAGAUGAAGAACAUUAAGUAUGUGUUUCAGAGCAACAAUGAGGAUAUGUUUGAGCUACAUUCGGCUGGAAAAGUAAUUGGUGAGAUAGAUGUUUAUUUGGAACAUGACUGCUCAGAGCAUAUAGUUGGUGUGACACAUUAUCUUCCAAGCAGUCAGGGAGAAGAUCAUAAUGAAGGUGAUGAUGAUACUUUUGGUGGGAAUGAAAGGGAGUAUGAUGGUCAUGAGAAUGAUACAAGAGUUGACAACAAGUACUGCUCGGCGAUAAGAAGUAGUUCCAAUGUGUAUGAGGUUGUUGAGUUUGAAUGUGGAUACACACUUAAUUUAUCAACUCGCCAAUGUGCUUGUAGGCAUUGGGAUCUCACGAGUAUACCUUGCAAACAUGCAAUCUGUGUUCUAGACGACAAUGCUCAAAGUCCGGUGAAAUAUGUAUCUGGCUAUUACUAUGCAAAUGUUAUGAAGGAUACAUAUAAGAAAAACAUAAAACCAGUGAAUGGUGAGAAGCUGUGGGUCAAAACAUGGAAAACUCCUGUUGGAAUUCCUGAGUUUCGCAAGCCGAGAAGGAGACCAAAAAACCGUGACAGAAAAAAGGAGCCUUUUGAAGAUCUGAAAAAUUCAGGAAAAGCAACUAGGCAUGGGCGAACACCUCGUUGUAGUAACUGUCUUCAGAUGGGACACAUUAAAACCGGCUGUAAGAAUGAGAAAGUUGUAGUUGAGGGACCAAAAAACAAACGUGGUAGACCACGAAAACUUCCUAGUGAGGUACUAAAACGUCCUACGAAGCCAAGAAAGAGGAAAACUCCACCUGUUAGUAGCUCUCAACCAGUACUACCCACUGAAUCUUCUCAACCAGUACCGCCCACUGAAUCUUCUCAACCUCUACAGCCCAGUAAAUCAAUGUUUUCAUAUCCUGCUACAUCUAGUGCACCUGAGCCAACAACCUCAUCAACCCAAUCAAUAGCACAAGAGAAAAAGCCAAAACGUGGCCGGCCUUUGAAGAUUACAAAAACAGGUCCAAUUCCUUGGGAUGUCGGAACUUUGUGGUGUCCAUACACGGAUCGAGUCUUUGAGGUGAUAAACAAUAGGGCAUAUGAUACUAACCCUUCGGCGAGUACACCAGAACCUCCAAUA